AUGGAUAGGAGUACUUUUUACAAAUUAUGUGAUUUGCUUAAAAAUCAUGGUGGUUUGAAGGAGUCAAAAAAUAUGUUUGCUGAAGAGAGGGUUGCAAUAUUCUUAAACAUAUUGGGCCAUGAUCAAAAGCAAAGGUGUGUUUUGCGAUUGCACAACAUCCUAUUGAAAACUUCUGAACCUAUCCCUGAGGAUAGCAAUGAUGAGAGAUGGAAGUGGUUUAAGAAUUGUCUAGGAGCUUUAGAUGGAACAUUCAUUGACUUGAGAGUUCGAGAGGUUGACAAGCCUCGGUACCAAACAAGAAAAGGUGACAUUUCAACUAAUGAAGGCUCUGCAGCUGAUAAUAGAAUCCUAAAGGAUGCCCUUCUAAGAACUCAUCCAAUUAAGAUUCCUCGUGGAACUUAUUACCUAGUUGAUGUUAGAUAUACAAAUGGAGAAGGCUUUUUGGCACCAUAUAGGGGGUCAAAGAUGAGAUGGACAAUACUUCACAAUUCUAGCUUCUAUGAACCUGAAACACAUGCAAAUAUUAUAUCUGCAUGGUGUCUUCUCCAUAACCUUAUUCGUAGAGAAAUGAUGUUUGAUCCACUUGAGCCUUUGCUAGAUACUGAUUAUGGAAGACAAUUUAUGAAUGAAGAUGAUGAUGGAGACAAUAUCGAUUUAGUUGAAUUAUCUAUUGCUUGGACCCUUUGGAGAGACAAUCUUGCUCAUCAAAUGUUUGAAAAUUGGCGGCUUGGUAGGGGAGCACAAUCAACUACAACUUAA